CAGUUCUGAAACGCCUGGCCGCCAAAACAGCAUCAGGAUGACACUGCAUUCUUUGGGUUUAUAUAUACGUGCUGUAUGACCUUUCAAGAACCACUGGGUCUGGAGACUGCAUACUGAGCGCAGGUCCAUCUCGCAGAGGAGUGAAAGCAACUGUCAUCAUGGUGUUAUCAAAGGUAUGGAAGCUAUCCCGACGUCCUGUGGGAAUGCCAACGAUUAAAGACUUCACUUUGGUUGAGGAGCAGGUACCGCCAUGUGGGGCAGGAGACGUAAUUGUACAGGCAGAAUGUCUUAGCGUUGAUCCAUACAUGAGGAAUAAGGCUAAGAUUUUACCUCUCGGUUCCACUAUGGAUGGCGGCCAAGUUGCACGCGUCAUCGAGAGCAAGAACGCCCAAUGGCCCGUCGGUUCUUUCAUGGUCACGCAAGCAGGAUGGCGCUGCACCACCCACUUAUCGCAGGAGAAGCUGCAGACGACGGACUUUUGGCAGAAAUCCCACCAGCUGCCUGACAUGAAAGGUCUACCCUUGAGUCUCGGCCUCGGAACUCUUGGGAUGCCCGGAAAUUCGGCUCUCUUCGGGCUGACGGAGAUCCUGCGUCCGGUGGCUGGCGAGACGGUGCUGGUGAGCGGUGCGGCGGGGGCGGUGGGGAGCGUCGUGGUGCAGAUAGCCAAGAUCAAAGGUUGCAAAGUCAUCGGCUUUGCAGGAGCAGACGAUAAGGUCGACUGGCUCAGGGAAAUCGGGGCCGAUCACGCCUUUAACUACAAGAAGGUCAGAGUAGGUGAGGCACUCCGUCAGGCUGCUCCGGAGAAGAUCAACUGUUAUUUCGACAAUGUCGGAGGAACAUUCACUGCGUCUGUAAUGCCCCACAUGGCCUUCGGCGGGCGAGUGGCAGUGUGUGGCGCCAUCUCCGGGUAUAACAAGGAGGAGGAGGAAGAGGGCGCUAUGACAGGUUGCUUUAAGGAUUCCGACGUUCUGUGGAAUUGUCUGCGCAUCCGAGGCUUCAUGUUUUUCGAAUUUGCUGACAGCUGGAUGGAAGGCUUGGAACAGCUGAGGGAUUGGGUCUUGGAGGGAAAACUGAAGUAUAAGGAGCACGUCGUUCAUGGCUUUGAGAAAAUGCCAGACACUUUUAUUGGUGCAUUGAAAGGAGACAACCGAGGAAAAGCUGUUAUAAUGCCAUAGAUUUUUUUUCUUUAACCACUGGCAUAUGAAUUCUUUAUCGAAAGAUGCAUAUGUCAGAGUUAGCUAGCUUUCUCUCUGUCUCUCUGUUUAUCUCUACAUAUAUAUGUAUAUAUAUAUAUAUAUAUAUAUAUAUAUAUAUAUAUAUAUAUAUAUAUAUAUAUGUAUAGAUAUCUAUCUUUCUAUCCAUAUAUAAUAUGUGUGUGUGUGUGUAUGUGUGUUGUGUGUGUGUGUGUGUGUUUGUGUGUGUUACUAUUUUCUUUGAAGUUACCGUCGGUAAUGUCAGUCUUUCUCUUCUCUUCCCUUCUCUUUUCUUUUCUUCUCUUCUCUUCUCUUCUCUUCUCUUCUCUUCUCUUCUCUCUCUCUCUCUCUCUUCUCUUCUUAUCACACAUAU